CGUAUUGGCUUUCAGCCAUGUUGACAACAAAUGUGUAAAGAUUUCGUGUAUGUUGGAUUGUAGUGUCAAGAUGCACGCUAGAUCGACGUCUUUAAAGGUCUAGCACGGGCAGAAAGACCACAAUGUCAACAUAUGGCCCUAAUUCGUCAUCCAGGGAAGCAAAACCUGGGUUUUGGAAAGCGGGUGCCAGUGUUCCCGGCAGCAUUAAACCUGUAUAUGGAGCACAGCACCCACCCAUGCAGCAGAAACUGAUAAGUGGUUCUCCCAAAAAGGAAGAUAAGCUGAAGAAUUACAAGCGUGAUGCAUUUCAAGACUUUGAGAGUAAGACAUCGGAUGCGUGGGAUGAUGGUGACGAUGACCUGCUACAGAUGGCCAGUGUCCAGAUGUCCUUAAAGGAUGUGCAAUCCUCGGCCAGAGCGGUGCUCGUCAACCACAGCAAGCAGCAAAACUCCAGAACGAUAGCCGACCCUGGCAGUAACAUGGGAGGGGGUUCCCAUGGAGGCCCUGGGGUGGGGGUGAGACUCAACAACAGCUGGCAGCCCCCGAAACAAAGCCCCCCAUCGAUUCAAAACCCCCAUCCGAUUCAACCGACCCCACUACGUCAGUAGAGAUGUCAAAUUUGCAAUUAAACAUCACUAGCAGCAAAGCUGGAGAAGUUUAAGUCACUGCUGGCAGAGCCAAACAUAGAUCUGGAUGACUUACGGAAAGCCAGCUGGUCUGGUAUCCCCAAGGCUGUAAGGCCGACAACAUGGAAAAUACUGGCAGGUUACCUGCCACCAUUAGCAGAUCGCAGACAGGCAACACUGGAGAGGAAGAGGAAAGAGUACUUUGGGUUUAUAGACCAGUAUUAUGAAACAAGACACCAUGAUAUGCACCAAGAUACUUUUAGACAGAUUCAUAUAGACAUCCCCCGAAUGAACCCCCUAAUUCCUAUAUUCCAACAAAUCCUAGUACAAGAAAUAUUUGAAAGAAUUUUGUACAUAUGGGCCAUUCGACAUCCUGCAAGUGGCUACGUCCAAGGAAUCAACGAUUUAGUCACUCCCUUCUUUGUAGUGUUUUUGUCCGAGUAUAUAGAUAAUGAUGUGGAAAGCGAGAACUGUGAUCUGCGAGAGCUGCCAAAGUCCACGCUGGAUGUGAUCGAGGCAGACAGUUUCUGGUGUACGUCCAAGCUGCUGGACGGUAUCCAGGACAACUACACGUUCGCACAGCCUGGCAUCCAGCUGAAGGUCAGCGCGCUCCGGGAGCUCAUCAACAGGAUCGAUGCUCCCCUACACAAGCACAUGGAGGGACAGAACGUGGAGUACCUGCAGUUCUCCUUCCGGUGGAUGAACAACCUCCUGAUGAGGGAGAUCCCGCUCCGCUGUACCAUCAGACUGUGGGAUACCUAUCUGUCGGAAGUGAAUGGUUUUGCAGACUUUCAUCUGUAUGUGUGUGCAUCGUUUCUACAUAGAUUUACACACGACAUCUUAAGGGAGAGAGAUUUUCAGGGUAUCCUGAUGUUUCUACAGAACCUUCCAACUCACCAUUGGGGUAACAAGGAAAUCGGGGAGGUACUCGCAGAAGCGUUCAAGCUCAAGUACAUGUUUGCUGAUGCCCCCAACCAUCUGAGCCACAAGUCGUGACACAGGGCAUAAUCAUGACAUGGUCUACGGCAGUCUAGCAUGGGGUGAUGGUGUCAGACAUUACAAUAACUCUGUUCAAGCGGGUCGAACACGACCAUGUCAGGGAUAAUGAGAGCUACAUGCCUAGUAAGGAUGUUCGAGUCUCUGCAACAGGGAUGCAAUAAGCUGUGGGUCAGCAGAAGAAUGGACAGGAGACGAUAGACGACUGAACCAGUACAACCUGAACAGUUUGUUACAUUGCAGAAGAACUUGAAUAGCCGUAGUUGUACUCGGUAUGACGUAUAGGAAAGUAGGGCAGAAUCACACUGAGGCAUACUCAAAAGAACCGAGGACUUCUAGUGCCUGUACCAAGCUCUGGUCCAGAGUUUUUUCCCUUGCAUGUACUCUAGCAGUGAAGAAACUCAAAUCAAAGAACAGACACUUGAGUGGUUAUGUUUGUUUUCCUAUAACUUUUAUUUUAUUCAACUUGUAUCCCACAGGUUCAGAAUAUUAAUGUUGAUCUGUACAUUUGCCCUUGCUGUUAAACAUGUUCAAUAUCAGCUGGAAAUACACUGUUUUCAGUCUCUUCUGGGAAAUGUCAAAACCUACCUGAAUUUCCACACUGUAUGUAAACACUUGUUCUUACCCUCUCAUUCCAAAUGUACACAAAUACCAAAGAUUUCUGUCUGGAUUUUCAUUUUGGACAUGAAAAUAACAGUUUAAUGUCCCCAGUUACCAGAUUUUUCCCCUGCUACAGUCACACAUGUAGGUUAGCUACCAAGUUAAGAUAACUCUUCCAUUUACAUCCGACAACUUCCACUGCAGGCUGAUCCUGUAACCAAAAUUGUUACCUGCAGAAAUCAAAUCACCUAAACAAUAAGUCCUCCACUCGUUAUCUAGUUCAUGCACAAUAAGACAUCUAUAAAACAUUUCAUAUUUCUUGUCAAUAUUUAUUCUGUCACAAUGCAGGUAAAAAGGUGUACGUUGAUAGUAGAGAGUUUGUGGUACAGAGAUUUGUAGGCAAGUGGGUAAAUAUAUAUCUAGUUAAAUCCGUAGUAUUUUGGUUGAUGGGACAAAACGAUGUAUUUCCAGCUAACAAGAUGUGAGUUCCUUGCUCUCCUGGAUGUUAUGAAUCUGAGCUCUGAUGUCUGAUAUCUUGUCUUCCUGCCUGACCUCUUGAUGCCUUACACCUCACAGAGUAACUCAUACAUCCAUUCCACAGUUACCAUGGUUACAGGACUUGGAGAUCUACCCAGAUGAUGAAGAGAAAAAGGGCAGACCAGUUAAUUUGUUCUUUAGCAGGAUGAAAUUGGAUGAAUUUCACAUCAUAAUUUCCAACACCUUGUUUUGAAGUAAUGAAAUAGUGGUUUCUCAUGGCCUCCUCUGAGUAAUCUAAAGAUUGUGAAAUGUGUUGGGAAGGAAUAUGAUACAGCUCCGGCCACGUUGUGCAGUUCUUAUAACUACAUAAAUGUCGGCCCUAAAAUACAACUUUGAAUGUUUGACUGUUACUUUCCUCCAUUUUCUAAGAGGCUAUGAAACCGUCUUCUACAGAACACUUUAAUGUUGAUAGUCUGGGGUUAAACUCGUGGCAUGGUUGCAAGCACUAUAUUGUUGAAGUUGCAUAAGAUAUAAAUUAUUGGUGAUAAGUUGUACAGUCUCUUCCUUAGAUGUAGGAGUUUUCAAUGUUAACCUGUGAAAAAUAUCUUUUCGUUUUAGGAUGUUUUUUCUUAGGUUACCAUGGUAACAGUAUGUAAACAAGAAGAUAUUUUGUGAUACAAUCCUUAACUGCUGUAUGCCAUGACAAUCUCAAACUUGAAAUGGAAACAAGGGUCAAAGAAGGAACUGAACUAAUUCGGUGAAUUUUCUUCUUUUCUGUCGUUAUUUUGGUAUUGUGGAAAACGUUGUUGCUUGUACCUUAUCAAAGCUAUGUAAUACCUCUCGUCAAAAUCUGAAAAAAAGAUGACAUAAUACGAAUGUGCACUCAGGUCACCUGCUAAGCUUUCUGAUUGUGUUUGUACAUGCAUAAAUUUCUUCCAAGUAGAGGUGCCACUUUACGCCUACCUCAUGUACUGAUACUUAAAUCAAGAUAUGGUACGAUCAUGGUGGUUUAUUUCCACUGGUUUUGCUUGUAUGAUUCCUCCUUGACUGGGGCGGUGGGGCAGCGCUCGCUUGUCAUGCCAAAGAUUCUUGGUUGAUUCCCCACAUGGGUGCAAUGUGUGUAGGACAAUUCUAAUGUAUCGUGGGAUAUUGCUAAACGUGGCGUAAAACCAAACUGAUGUGUCACAGCCUAUCUGGCUGGUCUAGAUGACAAGUGUUUGUUUUGUUGUUUAACACCGCAUUCAGCAGUAUUCCAGCUAUAUAGCGAUGGUCUAAAUACCCGAGUCUGGAUCAUACAGUCCAGUGAUUAACAUCAUGAGCAUCGAUCUACACAAUAGGGAUACGAUGACAUGUGUCAACCAAGUCAACGAGCCUGACCACCCGAUCCCAUGGAUUGCUGAAGGUCAGUUCCAACACGAAUCUUCACGGGUAACAAGAGGUCGUUGCUGUCAACAGUUUCUGUUACAUUCACAUGGUAAAUGUAGACUUUUACUAAAGUAUUAUGCAAUCGUAUUAUGCAUUUGCUUCAUGACAGCCAGCCAGUUAACGCUGCCUGAAUUUAUGCAGUCUGAGCUAGCGCAAAGCUGUAAAUAUUACUUUAUGAAAAUGGAUACAAAAUUAUAAAAGAAUUUGAUACAUGGCAAAGUGUAAUAUAUAAAUGCUUAGCCUUUGCGAAACUUUGUAAAUAUUACUUUUUGAAAAUUGAUACAGCAAAAAAAACUGAUCAGGAAUCGAUACAUGGGUAGAUGUAAUGUGUGUUGUAUCAUCAAGCAUAAAAUGGUGAAUUGUGACACCUCUUCUUCAUAGUCUGUUCGUGAAUUCUUUCUGAAUUGCCCCACUUCAGUUUCUGGAUUUAUCAGGGCAUCGCUUUGGGUUUUCCUCCAAUAUUUAGGGGUGGUGGGGUAGCCUAAUGGUUAAAGUGUUUGCCCAUCACGCCAAACUUCCAUGUUCGAUUCACCGCCCUGCCGUGAUAUUGCUUAAAUAUUGCUAAAAGCAGCGUAAAACCAUACUCACGCACUCUCUCCAAUAUUUAGCUGACAUGCCAAGAUAUGACUGGAAUACUGUUCCAUACUGGCAUUAAACCCAGUUCACUCACUCAUUGUGUUUGAACAAGACAUGGCCAAGUGGUUAGUGUGUUUGCCUGUCAAAGUUUGAUUCUCUGUGUUAAAUGCUUGUAUUUGGUGAACACUGGCAUCAAUGUGUCUAAAAGCUGAUACUGACAAAUGCCAAAUGUUUGGGGGCUUUUUAAGAGCAAUAUAUGUGUCGUACUCCUGUAUUUUCACUCAGCCAGUAACUUGGGUCGUUUCAGAAUAUUUAAUAACUGUCACAGGAAGAGAUUGAAAUUCAUUUCAUUAUUUUCUAUUUUCACGGCAGUGAAACUGUUUUUAAAAUACAAUCUCAGGUUCAUUUAAAUAUUUUUGAGUUUAUUGUAAUAUUUUCUAGGUAAGACCAAAAACAGUAUAAAGGACACCUAUUUGGCCCAGUUGAAAUCUCAAACUUGAAUGUCACAGGAAAACGUUGAAACCGCUGUGAAAGUUAUCAGACAAUAUGGCAGACAACUAGCCCUUAUUUCAUUAUGAAAUUUAUAUUAGCACGUCUAAAAUAACCUUUAUCUAAAACAUAUGUUUGUGUUGAAGAAUUUGCUCAUGUUAUCACAAGAAAAACUCUUCCUGAAAACUUCUUACCAUAAAUCCAAAACAUGGAAGUUUGAAAAUAGCCUCCAUAUGAAACCAUCUUUUAACUUCCAGAACAAUUUCUUAAAGUUUUCUUCAGGUCUGUGGGACCAAAGGUGUACUUGCAUCUUGUCCUUUUCAGUAGAAGUAUUUAUUUUUAGAAAGGAGAUCUAACUUUGUGAAGAGUGUUUGAUUGUAUGGUUCAGUCUACCAGCCCGAGCUUGUUUGUUGACAUUAUUUUGAGUAGAUUUUAGUGUUUUGCAGGCUGUUGCUGAGCUAAAUGAACCAUAUUUUACUAGACUCAGGCUUCAGACAAAUGGCUGAAGCUGUAGGGGUGUGGAAUAUCAUUUCUUAUGUCUGUAAUUCAAAUAGAACCUAUCAUCCAGACUUUCAUUCAAUGGUAUUAGUGCAAUGAAACUCUUAGAAGUUGUUCGGUAAAAAUGAUUGUGAAUAUUCUGUUGUUGAUUUUGUUUGCAAAAUCAUACAGAAGAGUUUUGCAUUGUCAUAUGUAAGUUUUAAAAGUCACAAUUUUAUCGUUGGAAUUUAAUGUGUAUAUGUAUAUAAUGUUUACUUUCUGUUGUACAUAGUUUGGUAUGUGGAACGCAUGUCUGUGUAUGGUUUGUUUAUAUGUUAAGGUUGACCCGAAAAACAUGAUACAUGUAAUUAUUUUAUUUUCAACUAUAAUGGCUGUAGAUACUAGAUGUCUGCAUAUCACUGGACAAGGUGGAUGUAGUAGACUUGUUAACAAAAUGUAGUCAGACAAGAGAGUAUUGAAAUAUUUUCUAAGAACAGACAAACUAUUUUAGUGCAGGAUUUAGGAUUGUUUAUGAUCACUGUCUGGAGCAAGGCUGAAUAGUUUACUGGUUAUCAUGCUGCAUACGCCAUAAAAGGAGCCCUUUUCCAAUAAGUCAGCAUUUUCUUGACCUAUGUGUAUAUGUCGCCUUUGUGGCAUUUACAAAACAGUUAGUCUUGUGUUUUGUAAGAAAGUGGUACAAGAAGGGGAACAUACUGGCAAAACAAAGAUAAGUUGAGCACCGACCUGACAAUUGACCCGUAUUAGCAUGUAUGAGUGCCACCCACUGGCGCUUGCCAUUGUUAGCGAAGGGGCCUCAGGUUGUCCGCGAUCAAGUGUAGUGCGUGAUGGGUGAAGCAAGGCACAAGGCGUGUGCAGCUACGCGCGGAAUCAAUUUCAUCGUCAUGCAAUGCACGUGCCCUAGCCUGCAUCUCCUCUACCUUUCACAAACCAAAUGGGUUUGCUUAUUGUUGUGCACUGCCUACUUCUCGUAAACGCGUUCUCUGCGCCAGUCCAACUUAUCCUUGUUUGCCAGUAAUUUCCUUAUAUAGAAAGUUUGUUUCUUCAACUUUGAAACCAAGUUAGUUCACUUGGAUGAAUUGUAACUGAUGUAUUGUUUUAAUAAUUGAACCCUUUGUAAAUUUUCUAUAUCCCAAGGGCACUUUUUACAGUGAAUAUGGUAGCAACACCCAAAGUGAAGACAUUUGGUCAUUUGAAACAUCUUGAUUCGCUAUGAAUGUUGGGGUUUUUUCUUCCGACAAUUAUUGCCCAAAUUUGUAAAGUAAGUGAUAGUAUUUUACUACAGAUUUGUACAUGUACCUCUUGCUUACAAAAAGACACAUAUUUAAGUUGUAGACAGUUGGAGAAGUUGAUGAAUUUUAUCUGGUGGUUGAUCUUUAUUCUGAAAUGGUUGCAGUUCCAGUUGGUUAAUCAAUUGGUUGCAAUUACUGUGAGGAUGUGUUUUCAAGAAACAAGACAGGAGUUGCAGAGUUUGUGUCCUUGAAUUUGUUUUAUACAACUUAUAUCAAAAGAUCCUCCCGUGAAAUCAAAGGGCUGACACAGGAAGUUGAGUUGAUGAUUUCAGAUUGUGUUCAGGGUACUGAACAUUUUGGUAAAUGUUGCUUUUAAAGUAACAGGCAAAAUUUCUUCAUGGCAAAGCACCAUGUGUAUUUGUCAUAUUCAA